AUAAGGAUGAUUGCAGCUGCAAGCUGCAACAGUAAUUAAUAAAAUUGAUGUUUGAACAUUAGAACUAUUCAUGUAAAUAUAAAUGAUUAUUAUGCUAAUAGUUUGCUGAUCGAUAUCGAAUAUGACGUGGAAUCCUUUAAAGAAAAACUAUUUGACCCAGAGACCAACUUCUGCACCACCACUUUUGUCUUAUGCGGAAGAUAAAGAGUUAGAUACUGUUGUCCAAAAGCUUAUCUAUGUUGAGAGUGCAAUAAGAAAAUUGAUCAAGGAAAUGAAGAAAUAUAUAGGAGCCUUGGCUAAUCUAGAUAGAGCUGAUCAACGAUUAAGCACAAACUUGAUUAAUUGUGGACUGGCACAGAAUAACAAUGAAUGUAGAAGAAUAGUGGAAGAGUACUAUUCUGUCGCCACACAAGUGGGAAAGAGCGUUCAGGAAGUCGGCAGCUUGUGCCAUAAGACGUUUAUAGAACCUUUGAAAAAGUUUAGAAAUGAAUUUAUGACUAUCUCUGUGGCAAUAACAAAGCGCGAAGAGCUAGUAACCACAUGGAAAACUAUGUAUAAUCGUGUGAAAAAGUUGCAAGAGAAGAAGGAUAGGACCGCGAGUCACAUUGCGAAACUGGAGAGAGAGCGACGAACAGAGGAGGCGGCCGCUAAAGAAUUGAGAACUAUACAUGCCCAGUUGCUUACGGAAUUGCCGACGUUUCUUGGAAGGAGAUUGGAAUACAUCAAUCCGAGCAUUCACGCUGUGAUUAUGAUACAAUUAAAUUAUUACGGACAUGCGACGCAGUUGUACACGCAAUUGAUGCCUAUUCAGUACUCUUCGGAAUUCACGUCGAGCACCAUAGUACCUGAGGAGGAACAUCAGCGUAUUAUAAACACUGAAUUAAAUAGAUUAAGAGCGCUGACCAUAGUGAAGGAUCACUGAACAAGUACAAAACAAAACAAGUUCCUCUAAAAAUUUCUGAAAUAACAUAAAACGUGCAUAUUUAUUCGUUAAAGUUUUUAAUUCAGAAUAAUUAAACGGACUAUUAGAAAUUAUAAGAACGUUUAUUUUUGCGGGAUAACUAUGUUCAAUUUUGUUGGCAGUAUGUACAUCAUUAAAUCCUUCGCGUUUACAAAAAUAUUCAACUCUAAGAUGGAACCAUUCCAUGUCUUCUUUUUAUCUGGGCACCCACGCGUCGAUUAUGAUUGCGUUGUGUAGAAUUGUAUACAGUUUUCUUCCUAUUAACUGAACCGCUUUUGUCUUGUUGCUUUUGAAAACCUUUGCCUUAAAAAAAAAGUUGCAAUGUAAAGUCUGAAUAUUCAAUGAUAGAAGUUUCAUUGGGUCGCCAAAAUUUAAUACCAGAGUUUUUCAAUCUACAUAUGAACAAGCAAAUAGAUCAAACGAGAGAAAUGCGAUCAAAGUUAUUCUAAAUACUUAAAUUAUAUUCUAUAAUUCUAGUUAAAUUAUACAAUUAAUAUUAUUAAUAUUAUCUGGUAUUAUAUAUUUUUUAUUCUGUUCAAGAUUAUGUAGCCAAGAAGGGGAAUUAUCCAAUAUUAUAUUUCAGAUAUCAUUCCAGAAUAUAAUAAAUCAAUAUUUCAUUGAAUAUGUGUAAAUAUAAAUAAUACAUUUUUAUAAGUUGAAACAGUUAUUUUGUAUAUUCGCCGAAUAAAGUAUUUUGUAUCUGUUAUUGUACGUUAAUAGCUUAAUGAAACUGUAAGUGAUUUUAAAGAAUUAACAGAAUAAACUUGCAAUUUACCGUC